AUGCGUAUUUUCCCUCUGGCGUCCUCCUGGCGGAGUAUCGCGUUCACUUCCUCGCUCUCCGUGUCGCAGAGGCUUGAACUUGUGCAGGUCCAAAGUUACGAAAAUACACUGAAGGAGACGCAGAGUGCAGCUCGGCGGAAACAGCUUUGGCAGCAUGUAAGCGACUGUUUGCCAAGAACCCAGGUCACCGCUGUGAAAGGGGGCCUUAGGGAGAAGAAUAUCCAGAGGAGACCAAUGCCAGAUGCGUCUGAAAUUACACUCACCGCUUGCAGCAUGAGACAUUUUGUGCCAGCAUUUCUCUUCUACUGGCAAAGACUGAAGCUCUCCAGGUAGGAGGGUCCUGGGAGCCACAAGUGCCAGGAACCUUGCUGGAGGAGAAUGAGGCCGGAUAUGGACUCUCUAAAGUGAACUCAAUUUCCAGCUUAUGAAGGAAUUUUAAGUAAAGCAGUUAUUUAAUUUGCUCAUAUUGAAGUUCCAAAACCUUCUGUGUGAAGUGCCAGCAGUCACUCUUCUCCUCCGGGCGUUAUCAGGAUUUUCCUGGCACCAAAUAGAACUCUUCUUGGUACUUUUGGCAGUAAGGCAGUGACAGAUCUGCAGGACAGAUUAUCUACUAAAUGCUCUUGGGCAAGACACAAAGGCAAAACCUGUGGAAGCAGCAUCAGGACAGCAGAGCAAAGACCCCUUCCUCGCUUCUCACUUGCGCAGAAACUCAGCCUGGACUUGGAUGCUUUUACCGAAGUUCUGUCCUGCCUUGUUCACCUCCAAAGUCCAUUUGCUUUGGGGAGACCUGGCAUUUUCUGCUGCCUCCUGUGGCUCCUCUCUCCUGUCAUUCUCCCCAACCUUCUGCUCAGGCAGUUGAAGGAUGUAAACUGUGGCAUGGGGUGUACUGUUCUCCGGGGACUUGCUUCCUUUCCCAGGCUGGUGCAGUUGGAAAGGACCAUCUGAAGCCUGCAGUUUAUUCUGGGGAGGAGGGUGCCGGCUUGGCCUGGAUCCUCCACCAUGUUCCUGUUGCUGCCUUUUGACAGCCUGAUUGUUAACCUUCUGGGCAUCUCCCUGACUGUCCUCUUCACCCUCCUUCUCGUUUUCAUCAUAGUCCCAGCCAUUUUUGGAGUCUCCUUUGGCAUCCGAAAGCUCUACAUGAAAACUUUGUUAAAAAUU